AUGCCGGUCGCUCGAGUCACUAAACGCAGCAAAACGCCUCUUGCGUGUGCGUCUUGUCGAAGGCAUAAAAUCAAGUGCGAUGGCAUUCACCCUGUUUGCGGCAACUGCUCUAAAAGAGGGCGAACUCAGGAGCGCUGUGUCUGGAAGCAUGUCGACGGACGGCUUGAGAAGGCAGCCGAACCAGCCAGUUUCAUCCGUCAAUUGGAACAGCGGGUUCGGCAAUUAGAGAGCCGCGCUCAAUCGAACUCUCACCUGGUCCAGCCGAUACCAGAGAUGGUUGGCCUCGAUCCAGCCGAAAUACUGGCAAGCCCCGGCGGUAUCAGUGCCAUGGAAGCAGCUGUCACCGAUGCACCCCAAAACGAGGGCCACAUUAGCUCUGCGUCUGCUGCUGGUUUCAUGAAUAUCAUCAGACGAGCGGUAGACCCUGGCUCAGCUGUUUCUAACCUAGUCGGGAACGACAAAACCCCACCCGCUCAAGGUAUGACAUCGUUAUCAGCGUCGAGGAAACCGUCGAUGUCGUAUGUUCUACCCCCACGAUCGGACGCUGAGAGAUUGGCGACCGCAUACUGGGACUAUGUACAUCCUCUCUACCCCUUUCUGUACCAACCCUCUUUCACCAAAAUGUUUGUGGGUCUAUGGACUGGAGAAUCAGUAUCAGAAGCUUCAUCUCCCCUGACGGAAACAACCGAAGCCGACAGGGUAUGCCUGGUUAACCUGGUCCUUGCCUUAGCUUGCCAGUACUAUGACAGCCCUACAGAUAGCCAGGACCUCACUGAGGGGUCCAAGUCCGGGGCAAUCUUUUUUGAUCGAGCUCGGCGGAUCUUUCAGUAUGAUGUAUCUGACGGUACAGGUCAGAGCCUUCAGGUAGUUCAGAUCUUGUUGCUCAUGGCACAAUAUUUGAAUAGCAUCGGAAGCCCUCAGAGAUCGUGGGAAGCCAUAGGUGUAGCCAUAAGAACUUGCCAGCGUCUUGGCCUUCAUCGUGGGACAACUACUAGCCAAAGGGUACUCCCUGACCCCGUUGAGAGGGAGAUGGUGAAAAGAGUCUGGCAUGGGUGUCUCAUGUUGGAGAGGAUGCUUUGUGCGACACUCGGUCGACCUACCAUGAUUGCAGCGACUGAGGCUGACCCGGUGCCAUUCCCAGAGGAAUUGGAUGAGGGAGCAUUUCAAUCUGGAGGACAGUCGUUGACGUUCUCUAGCAUGUCAGCUCUGUCAUUCUUUGUGCACUCGGCGAAACUGUUCGAGAUGGGCCAUCUAACCCUACUGGCCCUCUAUUCUGACGAAAACUCCAAUGACGUGCGAGAUUACAAUCACUUCUUCAUGGGACCGACAUCAAUAUUCGACAUUGACUCUCAGAUGAUGGAAUGGUUCGCAGCAACUCCUUCGCACAUCCGACUUGAGAGUUACGGCCUGCCAAUGGAUGAAGAGCCGGUACAAACACAGGUAUUCCGAAGGCAGGCUGUGGUGCUGCGGAUUAGGUAUCUACAGGCUCGUAUCUUUCUGUUCAGGCCAGUGCUGGCCAAGUUGUGCAUAGCAAGUCGAGACAUACAGAGUCAGCACUCUGGAAAUCUUGCUCACCGGACAGCUCUUCAAUGCUCAAUGCUCUGCGUCAAGGCGGCCAUCGAGAUGAUCGAGAUUGUAAACGAUCACCAAACUUCGGCGUCUGCCUGGGGUCAUAAACCAUCUUGGUUGUACGUCGUGCUCCACAUAUAUGUUGCCGCCACCGUCCUUCUUGCAGCCCGCCUGUCUCCCAUUGUUCUGUUGGGUGAGAUAUCCGAAAAAGAUAUCCAAGAAACCUGGAACUUUGCGCUGGAUAUUCUUGACCGAUUCCAGGCCGACAAUAUGUCAGCAAAGCGCUGUGUCACUGCUCUGAAGGUCUUGUAUCAGAAAAUACCGGGAGGCGUAGGCACAGAUGUGCACCAAGACAGCGAAUAUUCUCCAGGGUCAGGGACAGCAGACCAUCAUGGGGAUGCCCUCGUUGCUGACCCGUCUCAUGGACUCGUCCCGCAACACCCGACAGCUGACGGGCCGCCCAGUGCAGAUUUUAAUCAGGACCUGGGUCCAGACUGGAUGCCAGAUUUUGAUUUCUCAGAUCCAUACGACAUGAGUUGGUUCCAGAUCGCUGCUCCUGGCCUGUGA